AAUAAUUUAGAAUAACUUUUAAAAUCAACAUGGCAAAAUUCUUGUAUAUUAUGGCAAUAGCCUUAACCUUCUUUGUUGCAAAAAAUGACUCGACAAUGUUCAAUGCAUUUCACGUUCAUAUUACAAGCAGACUGGGGGCAGGCAAGACCUUGACCGUGCGUUGCAAGUCCGGCGAUGAUGAUCUUGGCAUUCAUAAACUAAAUCCGGGCGAGAGAUAUACUAUAAAUUUCAAGCUGAAUUUCUUCGCCACUACACUUUUUUGGUGCGAUACGUCUCCUAAUAAGACUCAUUAUAGGAAUUUCAGGGUAUUUUGGUGGGGUGACGACUUUAUGCUUGAAAGGUGUAGUCCCCGUAAUAAUUGUUAUUGGAUCUUUAAAAAUGAAGGAGUUUAUCUAAGAAAUAUAAAGCGAGAAGUCAAUGAAUUUCGAUACACAUGGAAGCGUAAAUAUUCAAAGAAAUCAAAUUUGAACUAGAAGAAUUAUUAUGCAAUUCAAAUAUGUUCUACUCUCUUAGUUUUUCCUAUGGAAUUAUUUGAAUAUUUAUUUUAGAAUCAUUAUGUACAUUUUGUAAUUAGUUUUUGGACAAUUGUUUAAUUUCAGUAAAACUCAAUGAUACGUUGUACGAUAAAAGAGUAUUUUUUUUGUGUAUUUAUUCUUUGGUAUAACUCAUUCUCGGAUUCUUAUA